AUAGAGCCACUCUUGAAGCUUAGGUCAGACGUGAAUGCAGCUGUUCCCGAACAGUUUAUAAACGUUAUAAGCGUAUAACUUUGAACUUAAACUUUUUGGUAUUAUUUAAAUUUAAAAAAAUGUUUUUUAAAUUAGUAUUUAUUUCUAUUUUUAUAACAUAUACUAUCGGGCAGGACACUAAGACAAACUACCAAUAUAAUGAAAACGACCAUGCCAAGCCCAUUUCAGAUCCAGCGCUUUACAACAGAGAUGACGCAAAGUUGAAUUGGUAUGGAGGAGGCAAUAGUGUUUAUUUCACGAAUGGGCUGCCAGUAAAUUUCGACUCAAGAAAAAAAUGGCCAAAUUGCCCAUCGAUCGGUCAUAUAUAUAAUCAAGGAAACUGUCGUUCAAGUUAUGCCAUAGCGGUAGCGUCUGCAGUAACCGAUAGAAUUUGUAUUCAUUCAAACGAAACAAAAAAUCCUAUAAUGUCUGCACAGCAGAUUAUUUCUUGCUGCUAUUUGUGUGGAUAUGGAUGUGAUGGUGGGUCACAAUUCGAGUCUUGGGACUUUUACAGGAGACAUGGGUUUGUAUCAGGUGGUGAUUACAAUUCCAAACAGGGUUGUCAACCAUAUAAGAUUCCACCAUGUAAACUAAUUAAUGAAAAACCACCUGGACACAGUUGUACAACAUAUCACAGAGAGGAAACGCCGACAUGUGAAAUAAAGUGUUAUAACCCAAAUCAUUACACUUCAUUCAGAACUGAUAUUUAUAAAGGUAAAUAUUAUCAAGUGUACCCUUAUAUGGCUAUGAAAGAAAUUUUUGAUAACGGUCCGAUAACAACCCAGUUCUACAUGUAUAGAGAUUUGGUUGAUUACAAAUCGGGGGUAUAUCAGUACGACGAGCAAUCAGAUGUACCUUUCUUCACUGUACAAAGCGUGAAGAUUUUCGGAUGGGGUGAAGAAAACGGUGUCCCGUAUUGGUUAGUAGCUAAUUCGUUUGGUUCAGAUUGGGGAGAUAACGGAACGUUUAAGAUUUCAAGAGGUAACGACGGCUGCUUUUUCCAAGAAAAAAUGUUCGCGGGACUACCAUUUAUUAUUUUAAAAGAUUAUAAUAUCAGUCUUUAUUUAACAAUAAAUAUCUAUAAAUUAUUUUUUAGUAUUCACUUACAACAAAAAUUACCAAUUUCAAUCAUCAUCAUGUUUAGAAAUAAUAAGAUAUUAUUGUUACUAUUAUUUUGUAAUAUUUGGUUGUCGUGCAAUGCAAAAUUUAAACUUCAACACAUCGUUGAACACGUAAACCGUGCUAACGUACCAUGGGAAGCCGGAAUUAAUCAUCUCAGUACGUCUGACUACAAAAACAUAGUUGGAACUUGGGGCAAUCAAAAAAAUGGUAAAAUGAUCGAUAUUAUCGGUCAUAAGGACGAUGAAGACGAUGCGGAUGGAUCGAAUGGUCUUCCAGAAAAUUUUGACGCCCGUAUUAAUUGGUUUGAAUGCGUUUCUAUUUCACACAUAUGGAACCAGGGAAACUGUGCUGCUGACUGGGCGAUUUCUGUCACUUCAGCUAUUAACGACCGCAUAUGUAUUAAGUCAAAGACAAAUAUAACGGCGUUUUAUUCUCCACAAAAAGUGUUAUCUUGUUGUGAUGAUUGUGGUGACGGGUGCAAUGGUGGUUAUUCUGGAGCAGCAUGGCAUUAUUGGACAAAAAGAGGAGUGGUCACAGGUGGAGAUUAUGGUAGCAAUGAAGGCUGUCAACCAUGGUUGAUUCCACCAUGUAACCAUACAGUUUUGGAUGAAAGAAGUCCAUCAUAUAUGUGUGGAAAAUAUAAAUCAGAAACACCAAAAUGCAAUUUAAAUUGCUACAACCAAAAUUAUUCAAAACCCUUCCUAAAAGACAUUUCAAAAGGAAUGCGAAUUGAAUGGUAUUGUCCGGGAAUGAUCAGGAAAGAAAUGAAAAAAUAUGGGCCUGUAACUGCUAUAAUGCGUGUUUAUGAAGAUUUUUUAACAUACAAAUCAGGAGUUUAUCAACAUGUAACUGGAAAACUACUUGGUCAGAUUACGGUAAAGGUCAUUGGAUGGGGUGUACAGGGAGGCGUCCAAUAUUGGUUAGCUGCCAAUUCAUGGGGUACUUCUUGGGGAGACAAAGGAUUUUUCAAAAUCCGUCGUGGAUUCAAUGAAUGUUUGUUUGAAGAUUAUUUUAUAACUGGAAAACCACUUUUAUAAUAGUCCUCUUUAAUGAAAUAAAAUAAUAUUAUAUAAGAAAUAAAAGAAACGACAUAUAUGAAAUUUAAAAUGUAUAAUCACAUAAUAAUAAUAUGUCGAAUUUUUCAACAAGCCAUUUUGUAUUAAUUUCAAUAAAAAUAUAAUUAUACUUUAGAA